UUGUUGUGAGCGUCAUGCAUCAGUCAAAUAACGGUCAAAUGGUGCUCUAAUUAUCAAAAAUUGCAAUAAAUCCAGCAGAUAAGUGCAAAUAUCGACGAGUGGUUGGUGUGUGAUAAGCGUUUGUGCAAAGAUUCGGUGGAAUAUCCAGUGAUUUGGGGUGCUUUCUUCUGUGUGAUCUCAAUUCUUUUGUGUGAAAUGUCACUUUCUUAUUUCGGAUGGAUUAUCUGAAAACCUGUUGAUUUCGUGGAGACUCGGGAAAAAAGGAUGUAUACAGGAGUGAGGAGUCACACAUCAACACUACCCAAGAGCAUUUGCCGGUCGAUGGGCGACUGCGAGGGGCGGAAGAGUGAUGCGGAGUUUGCCAUAAGUCAUGAGGAGGAUGACAUGAUUCGACCCACCUACGGUGCCUAUGCAUGCAACACUCUACCGAGGGGGCCUUAUCUUCAAUACAAAUUUAACGAUCAACCAAACGACAAUAAGAUGCGCAAGAGUCAGCAAAUUGAGGAAUUGCGGCGGGAGUUCCUGAACCUGCCGCGCGCCAGUGUCACACAGACGCUGGAGCGCUAUGGCAAGAGGGAUAAUUGCGUCAAGCAGCAGCGAUUGACUGUGAGGAGCUCGAGCAGCCAUCAGAACUUGCUCAGCUCGCAACCAGUGAACUACCAGACACUCCCGAAGGCGCUCACCAGGCAUAAUUGCCCGGCGGGCAGGGUGGAAGUGGCAAAUGUGCACCAGAUCCACACGCUGCACAAGUCCGACUCGGCUCAGAAUCAAUUACGCCAGCAGACGGAUUAUGAAAUCCCCAUUUUCCCUUUUUCCUCCCAACAUCAAGCCACCGACACCACAUCAAACGCGCUCAAGUGCCAAGCAGAAGUACAUCGUGCCAAAGUUUCCGGCUCCAUUUCAACCGGAUGUCCAUUGAGCAUCUCAUCAGCAAAUCAAUUAAAUUAUGUGACACUGGAUGACGCUCUGAAUGUGAGGCCCAGUGGAUUUACAGCGUCGGAAGGAUGGGCGCUGCUGUGCCAGACUGUGCAGGCGCUCCAGGACUUGUUCCUCGCAGAUACGCCAUCAACAUCGAGAAUCCUGCCACUGGUUACACCUACAACUCUGCAAAUCACUUCACGCGGACGUGUGGCGUUCAAUAUUAUACCCGCCGGCCAGACAAUUGCUCAUGAGCUCGGCCGAAUGGCUGGCGGCGAUGCCGUGAAGCACUUGGCGCCGGAAUUUCUCAGCUCCGUGGGCAAAAAAAUCACGUUUUCCGAAUCGGAUAUUGAAAAGAUGUGGAUCUACUCUUUGGGGGUCACUUUGCACAAAACACUCCCAAUUCCACCUUCGCCGGCGGCUUCGAGAGUGGAGAACGAUGAAGCUGCACCUCUUGAAGUGACACUGUUCCAGAGUCAGAGUUCACUGGCGCCGCUGGAUUUCGUGAUACGGUCAAUGUGCAAUAGGAAUCCGCACAAUCGGAGCACUCUUAUGUACUUGUUGGAUGUUAUUUCUGAGUACUGCAAGGUUCACCAUCAAGUGAAACCCUUCUCGCACACAGUCAUGGAACUGUUCCAGCAAGUCAUCGACCAGAAGGGGCAAAGUGCUGUCGGCUUGGCUGCUGACCAGCCGGCGGAUGAGGUGAAAUCCCAGGAGGAACACAAAAGCGACACAGAUUCCGGCAGAAGUUCUGACCACGGUGAAAUACAUUUGGAGGUGAAGCGAAUACCGACAUUUCAGCAAAACACGGAAAAUCCUGCGCCCAAGUUUAACGCAGAUGCGGCAAACUCGGGAACGCUUCAGGUGAUCCGCAGGAAGCGCAAGAGGGAGACUCUACGACGGAAUACAAUUGAUGUGAAUCGCCUGGAGUUGCAGAAUGUCCGGGAGGAAUUGCUAAAUGCAUCGAAAUCUGCCACAUGUUUGCUGGAGUUGAACAACAGUGAGAGUUUCAAUCGGAAAUUGGCCGAAAUUGACUUUGAAACUUGUGGCGUCUCACUACCGGAUCUCCAUACAAAUGCCAAAACGGAUCAAAUACUCACCGUGAGACGCCCGACAGGAUGCUUACAGCGGGAGAAGCGAGAGGAUGCGGCGGACAAAGCGCCGGGCUUCAGUGAGAAGGGACCCGAUUUCAUUGUGAAAUCCUUCGAAACGCCCAAGCAGAUUGAUAUUUCCGAUGCAAAGUGCCAAAAUCGCCGAUCCAUCAAUGUCCUGCUGCUCAAUGGCCACAUAAUCCAUAUUGUGUGUAAUCCCGUCACGACAACAACUUAUGACAUAUUCCAAGUCAUCAUGGAGUCGGAGAAUUGCACGGAGAACUUCUUCCUCGGCAUCUGUGCACUAAUUGGCGGUGAUUUUGUCUUCCUGCCGCUCGAUCUCAAAGUUUACAAGGUUGCACCACAGGCGUGGAUUAACGUGUCAAAGAAGGGAAAUAUGAUAGACAACAUGACGUUCUCUCUCUUUGUGAGGAUAAAAUUCUACUUGCCGACGCUGAGAGGCAUUGGUUCACUGGAGUCGCGACACAUGCUGUACUUGCAGCUGCGGAAGAGCAUCCUCGAGAGACACAUUCUGUGUACUGACGAUGAUUUAAUAACUCUCGGCGGACUGGCGCUGCAAGCUGAGGCGGGUGACUUCAAAGAGAAUAUGAAAUACAUGGAAUACUUCACAUUAUCGCACUACUUGCCGGAAGGUGUGUACCAGAAGAACAGGGAGAUGGCGCAGUAUUUGCGGAAUUCGCACUAUCACAAGAGGGGCCUCUUGCCGCUGGAGGCGGAGCACAACUUCGUGCGCUACGUGCAGGAGCUGAAGGAGUACGGAUUGCAUCUGUACAGUGCAGUGUGGAUGGUGGAUGAGCACACGAGCCUCAAUGUCUUUGUGGCGAUAUCGUUGAAAGGCAUUUGCCUGUUCCAGCGCAGCCUGUCACCCAACAUAAACAAUCACUUGGAAAUUUAUGCGGAGAAUUCGAAAAUGAUGUACCAGCGGAAGCUGUAUGCGAAAUUUGAGUGGCUGGAAAUUGAGAAUCUUUGCUACUCCAAGCACAUUCUCUGCAUUGUCGUGCGGAGCUCUGAGAGUCUGAAGGCGAAAGACACUAACAGAAUUAAGUAUAAGCUGCGAAUGGAUGGGCGGAAGAGUUACUUUGCCUUCUCACUCGCCUCGGAUCAUCAUAAAUUCUACAUGACACUGCGAAACUCAUUUGCCUCACUUAAGAUGAUAUCAUGUGAGCUGAACGUUCCGCUGAGGGGAAAGUUGAAUCCAUCACCAGACGAAAUUCUGCCUGAGUUCGUGCCAAAGAUUGAGAAGCCAACGAAACCGCAAGGGAAUCGAAUGCGGAAUUUGAAAAAGUCCAUGAUGAAUGACAACAAGUUGAUUAAGUUGCGCCAGAAGUUUCUCAAGAGAUCCAAAUCCUCUGUCGAGAUGUCCACAGUUGCUCAGAGUCACAUCACACGCGAGGAGGCGCAGAACAAGGAGAACGAGUGUCCGCCAUCGGCAUCGUCCAAUUCGUCACCCAGGAGCGCCACGUGGAAUCGCAAUAAGGUGAAAAUGGGCACGAGGGUCUUCUCGUCGCAGUUCCUCAACAAAUCCUUUGACAAUAUCUGCGACAAUGUCGUGAAUUCUGCACGAUCUGAGGGCAAUUACAGUCUGCUGGAGCAGAGUUUCGCCCCAAUAAGCGAACACCAAAUUGAGCAUGAUUACUCCGAUGGCGACAACUCACUGAAGAGCACAAGCUUGGCAUCCAUUCUCUUUGCCAUCGACAAGCGCCCCGAUUCGCCGCCGGCAAACAAUGAAGCUUACGUUAUUCAUUCAUCCAUACGGAGCAUGCAGAAUAACUACUCCUUGCCGAAUGAAAGUGUCUCCGACACCCUCAUGGAGAAGUUCAACAACAUCUCCUGCAGCAACACGGCCAAUGAUAGAAUCAUUGUGAAAAUCAGAAUUGUCAAGGAUAAAGUUUGUGACUCGAGGAGCAGCAGUUUUGAGCGGAUGAAAUUUUCCACCCUCAAUCCGAGUCGCAUUAGCAAGAAGCUGAUUAGAGUGAAGAAUAAACUGCUGUCGCGAAGUCAGGAGUCAGUCGCAAUUGACGACAAGAGGACAAGUGGAGGCACGCUUGGAAUAAGCGUUGUCCAGGGAUCAGACAAUAAUGUGUAUGUUAAGGAUUUGGCGCCAAAUGGCCCCGGAGCCAGAGGUGGCAUCAAAAUCGGGGAUCAGAUUCUCGCCGUCGAUGGAGUGUCCUUAUUGAAUUUGCCGUACAUGGAAUCACUGAAAUUACUCCAGACCACGAGCAGCAAUGUGGAAUUAGUUGUGUCGCAACUAUUGCAUCCACCGCAGGAGCCGCAAGCUAAAUUGAAUUGCCAAGAGGAGUGCCCUGUGCCAACGGAGCCAAUCCAUUGGAAGCCACACAAUAAUUUUGACUAUUUCCGUGAGAUGAAAUGCUCUGGAGACACUAAUGCGCCAUCAAUUGCACCACAAGUGGCGAACGACAAGCCAGAAGCUUUGGCAUCGAGCAAGGGCAUCCUGUCGAAGAGUGUUCCUGAUCUACCAAAGAUUAUUGCAAUUAUCCCGAAGGAGCCCAAGAUGAAAAUGAACGUGCACAGAAAGUUCUUCGGACACCACAAAUUUCCAACGACGCCGGGAAAGGAAUUGAAGAGAACCACCAUUGCUCCAGUUAACAAGCCUCAGCCACUUUCAUUGCCAACGGAAAGUGCUGAGAAGCAAGUUUUCAUAUAAGAUGUGCCAAAAACUGGGAAUAGGAUUUGCUUCCACCUCUUAAGAUGCCGCGAGUGAAGAAGAUCAACAGAGAGACGCUGAUGAAUUUCCGCGAGAGAGUUAAUUGCAAGCGCAUAUCAAAUACAAUAUUGAGCAUCGCGACGCGGCAAAAUGUGGAGGAAUCACGGGAGAAGGCGGGAAUAUCGACCAUUUCGUCCCUCAAAUUGGAUUUGGCGGCGUCAAAGCGGAAUCCACAGAGUGAGAAUUACGGCCUGUAUGCAUUGAAGUGUGAUCGGAGCGGCGGCUCUCAGCGCGGGGUUAUUUUGCAUAUUCCAACAAAGGGCGGCAGCGGCAAGAAGACACCGGAUCCCAAGGAGAUGAUUCAUGAAAAAUUCGAACCCUGCCGACGCAGCAUUGAGGAUGUGACUGCAGAAGAGGCGCAUACAUUUGUGGUCGCUCCGCCGCGUCGGAAGCGUCAAGUGAAAGGCUCGAAGAGAGAGCGAUUGCCACACUCGCAAGUUAUGACAUCCACAGGACGAGAGGCCGAGAGCACUCUGAGUGCCAGCAAGUCGAAUUUAGUUGGGAAUAGAGUGAAGUUGACGAAAAAACAGAGCGUGGAUAUUUUCAAAUUGAGUCACAGCGAUGCUUUCGAUGAGUUCGACUCAAUUUUUGCGUCUGUUCCGGCGACGUCAGGGGUGAGAGCCUCGGCAAAACCCUUGAAAUUGGAGCAGGAUGUGGGGGAAAAUAUGACGGGAGAUAGUAAGAAGGUUGGGGAGCAACCUAAGACAUUUGAAACGACAGAGAGGCAUUUCGUGCCAAAUAUUAUAGUAGAACAAUGCCAAAUGAGUAAUCAUUUGCCCAAGAGAAGCUCUCGCAUUGACAGAAUCCAAUUUCACAGUGAAUUCAUUCCGAAUUCGUUCUCUUUGAAACCCUCCACCGCCGCUGGAGAGCCCCAAAGUUCAGCACCUUGCAACACAAUUGACUACUACAUAAUUAAAUCAUCAAAGAGGACGGCAAGUUCGGCACCUGACAAUUUAGAUGAUGAGAAUAACCAAAUUUGGACAAUUUAAUAUACAAAGCAUUCAUGUUUAAAGAUAUUUCGAGGGACCCUUUGUGUUAUACUUUGACAAUUGUAGUCUUCUUCGCUUCAUUAGAGCAUUUAUUUUACAUUUUGAGACAACUAUCAAGCUAUGUAUAGGCAUUUAUUUACCAGCUAAGGCAAAAUUUAGAUAGAGUAAAAAAAGAAAUUGUUUAUACUCAAAGAAUAAAUAGAUAUGCUGUAGAGUUAAGAUAAAUGAUAAACAAUAUAUAUAUAUCGUGAAUCAAUAAUAAACAAUAUAUACUACUGAUUUAUAUACUGUACAUUUACAUAAUAUACUCUAAUACUCUUAAAUUACUGGUGUAUAUAUUGAAUCUCAGUCAAUGGGCAUUGGAGUAAAUAUAAUCUCUAGCGCAUAAGACACAUUGGUAAAAAUAUAUUGAUUUGUGUUGGACAUUUAUAUAAAAGCAUAACUAUUGUGUAACACACUUGGUAACACAGCAUGAGAAGAAACCAUGAAUAAAUAGUAAAGAGCUCUGUUUAGCACAUAAC